AUGGUUUCCAUCAUCGCAGUAGCUGGAGGCACUGGUGACCUCGGCCGUACCAUCGUCGAAGCAAUCCUCGCAGACGGGAAAUUCUCGGUCAUCAUCUUGAGCAGGAAGGCGGAUGACGAUAAGGAGAAAGAAAUCGGUGCCCGCAUCCUGCCAGUCGACUAUAGCAGCGUCGACGAUAUUCUCAGGGUAUUGGAAGAGAACAAUGUGCAUACGAUCAUCUCCGCCCUCAACAUUUCGUUUUCCGUCGAGCCAGAGUUGAACUUGAUUGCGGCCGCCGACCAAGCCAACAGCACCAAACGAUAUGUCCCCAGCAUUUGGGGCGCCGAAUUCACCAGCGAGCAAGUUCAUACCUCGAGUGAUUAUUGUAUUUUGUUCAUGAAGACUAAUACAUAUUCCCCUGUUUCCAGAGACGCAGAGGAGAUGCCCAUUGUCAAGCCAAAGAUUCUCGUCGCCGACGCACUGAAGAAGACGAACUUGGAGUUUACAACAUGGCACCCUGGCUACUUUGCUGACUACUAUGUGUGCCCGCCGCUGAAAAGUCAUCUCAAGAGCAUAGUUAUGGCCGUGGAUGUCGUCAACAACAAAGCGGCCAUCCCAGGAUCUGGAAAUGUGCCAGUAGCAUUCACUUUCACACGGGACCUUGCCAAGUUCGUCGCCGCGUCCCUGACCUUACCAAUGUGGGAAACGGAGACGUAUCUUGUGGGUGAUAAGUUGACGUGGAAUCAGCUCGUUGAUCUCGCUGAGGCAGCCAAGGGUGUCAAGUUUGACGUAACUUAUGAUUCUGUUGAAAGACGAGCAGGUACAAAUUUGUUUGCCAAGUUUGGCCUCAUGUUCGAAAGGGGUGUUUUUGACUUUAAAGUCGAUGUCUCUAUUGCUCAGGAGUUCCCGGAUAUCAAGCUGAGGUCCAUGAAGGAGUUGUUGGAAGAGGCGUACAAGCUUGAAGCUUGA